AUGAACAAGCAAAAACCGGGAGCACUUCAACGACGAGCCAGCGAAAUGGUUCGACGUACUCUUUGUGGCGUGAUUGAGAGUUCAAACGGGCGCUGUCCAUUGGAAGUCGGCGAUGCUGUUAUUGUUACUCUUUGUGAUACAACACUUUGGGAAUGGACGCGUAUGGAUUUUCCACAUAUUCCUCAACGACAUGUCUUGUCAAGUAUUAUAUUGGACGAUUGCGAUUAUUUUCCAAUACCAUUUACACUUUAUUAUAAUUAUGAAGAAAUCGAUGAAACUCUUUGCUAUGGUGUACGCUGUGAUAUAUUAGAUAAAACGAAAGAAAUUAAAUACAGUUCGGAACGAUUUGUUCCCGUAUUAACUGACGGCUAUCCAAAAACAAAUAUAAAUAUUAUUGUUGGGCCGCUGAAUAUUCCAUGA